AUGACCAGUGUUGGACUUGCGUUGAAGUCGAAGAAGCUAACACCUCAGUUUAUUGGUGUGUAUCAGAUUUCGGAAAGAGUAGGAUCGGUUGCUCAUCGGGUGGCCUUACCACCUAAUGUUUCGAAUUUGCAUGAUGUAUUCCAUGUUUCACAACUUCGGAAAUACAUUAUGGAUCCAUCUAAUGUGAUUCCGAUGGAUGACAUACAAGUUCGGGAUAAUCUUACGGUCGAGACAUUACCGAUGAGGAUUGAAGAUCACAAAAUGAAGCAAGUGAGGGGCAAGGAUAUUUCUCUUGUGAAAGUAGUUUGGGGAGGAGCUUCCGAAGAGAGUAUGAUGUGGGAACUAGAGAGCAAGAUGCGAGAAUCUUAUCCGACAUUGUUCGAAUGA